CGGUGACGCGCUCAGGGCACGCCGGAAGUGCUUCAGUUCCGCGGGGGAAGCAGAGCCGGAAGCGCGGCGCAGCGGGCAGCGAGAUGGGAUGCGAUGGCGGCACCAUCCCCAAGCGACACGAGCUGGUCAAGGGGCCCCGCAAAGUUGAGAAGGUUGACAAAAAUGCUGAGUUGGUGGCAAGAUGGUAUUACUGUGCUCUGAGUCAAGAGAAGUUAUGUCGACCAAUUGUAGCCUGUGAGUUAGGCAGGUUGUAUAAUAAAGAUGCUAUCAUUGAGUUUUUGUUGGACAAGUCAGCCGAUAAAACUCCUAUGGAAGCUGCAUCCCAUAUCAAGAGCAUUAAGAAUGUAACAGAACUAAACCUUGCAGAUAAUCCAGCUUGGAGCGGUGACAAAGAGAGUAUAAAAGGUGACAAAUACGAUGACAUCCAGUCUGCACGCUUUAUAUGCCCUGUGGUGGGAUUGGAAAUGAAUGGAAGACAUAGGUUUUGCUUCUUGAGAAAUUGUGGCUGUGUGUUCUCUGAACGUGCUCUCAAAGAAAUUAAAUCGGAAGUUUGUCACAAGUGUGGUGUUCCCUUUCAAGAGGAAGAUGUGAUUGUCCUUAAUGGUAAUAAAGAAGAUGUGGAAGUAUUGAAGAAAAGAAUGGAGGAUAGAAGACUUAAAAGUAAAUUAGAAAAGAAAUCAAAGAAAUGUAAGUCAGCAGAAUCAGCUUCUCAGCAAGAUACCGCUGAAGAGUCUCCAGGUCCAUCAAAGGCUAAGAAUGGAAAGGAUUCUGUCAGUUCCAGUUCUGGAGAAAAGAGGCAGAUUAUCUUCACCAAAAGUUCAGAUAAUGGAAAUUCAUCUGUGCCAGGAAAAGUCAAUAAAGCUGCUUCUACUACUACGAAGAGAUCCAUUGCAGACAGCGAGGAGAAAUCUGAGGCAUACAAAUCUAUUUUUACAUCACACAGCUCAGCAAAACGUUCAAAGGAAGAGUGUUCCAAUUGGAUUACUCACACAGCAUACUAUUUCUGAAACAAUGAUGAGCCUGAUUGUAACAUUCAUUACUGCUUUCCUUCCCUAAGGCUUUUUCUGUACAACUCUGAUACAGGACUUUUGUUGUAAUCUGAUGUUAUCUGGAAUUAUUCAGUUUGUAAGUUGUUUAUAAACUUGUGACAUGCAACUUCUGUUAGAUAAGAAAUAGAUCACCAGAAUCCCUGUUGUAUCAGCAGACUGCAUUCUAAAAUGAUAGAUUAUUUGCACAGAAAUUUUUCUCUUCUUCUCCCAGUUGGAUGCUGUCAGUCACACUAGCCAGUGUCCUCAGUAGCAGGAUCUGCCUCCUGUUCUCUUCUAUUGGUAUUUGCCGCAACUGUAACUAUCGUUUUCAAUGCAUUAGUACAGAAGUUGAAACUUUAUGAAACUUUCUGUCAGUAAAAAGAGCAAUAAUGCUUUUCUUUUGUACUAGCUGACUGGGCCCUCAGUAGAACUAGGUUCUGUAGGUGCUUUUGGGUGGAAUAUAUGAAAGCAUAAUCUUGAAAAUGUUUGUACAACAUUCUUAUUGUAGAUAUUGUUGUCGCCUGUUUUUAAUAACAGGGGAUUCACUUGUAAAUCAUUAUCUAUAAAGAUGAGCCUGUAAUAGUAAGGCUGUUGUUUUCCCACAAAGGUUUUGGGGGUCUUCUUUGGGGGUGGGCGUUUUCAAGUUACAAGUAUCAGGUCUGAGCUUGCUUUCUUUUGUCACAGGAUCAGAAUCCAGUGGAACAGAAGUAUGAGUUUCUUUGCUUUUCUGCUGAAACAGUAAGGUUCUGUGUACAUCUCCGGAGCAAUUUGCCAUUUUGAAUUCAGCAACUUACAUGAAAAUAGGAGCCUUUGCACAGGGUCAGAGAAAAACGUGUGGUGACCAAAUAGGAGCAGGCAGAUCUUAACUGGCUUUUUAAGGAGAAACAGUUGGUCACCGGUGUCCUGCAGGUCCAACCUGUUGGUGGCUGAUGGAGGGAACCCUUCUCAAGGCUGGAGCUGGCUUCUGAGAACCUUUCUCUUUCACUUGCAGGCAACUCAAAUGUGCUGCUUUCACAACAUCUGCAGUACGCAUUGUUUUAUUUUCUGACAUAAAAUUCUUAACAGCAACCAACUAUUUGACUGUUAAUUGCUUGUUACAGAAAGAUGCUAAGCAUAGGACAUCACUCAGUUUUGCUUUUAUAUUUAUGCUUUUUAUCCCUGUGACGUUGAUUUAAAUAAAACUUUCUGUUGUCAUCUGACCAUAACACUUCGUGUUCUGUUGAACAGAUAUACAAGUGCUUAUUUUGUCAGCGUUAGAACAGAAUAACUUUUUACGGGCUUUCCUUUGGGCCUUUUGUUCUUAGCUUUUUUCCAAGCACAGGAAUCCUUUUUAAAUGUUAAUGUUCCAUAGCAAUGAUUUAGUGGCUGAAUAUUUGAAUCCAAUAAUAUCUACAUUAAAUGACCAGAGGGAGGGAUGGAAGCUUUUCACCUUCAUCUCUUCCUUUUAAAAUUAAAAUAUGCUUUUAUAAUCUUGGCACAAACUAAGCAGAAAGUCGGAGGCUUUUAAAACCACUGCAUGAUGUUACCUUUGUGUGUGAAAAUGAUUAAUUAUCCUCAUAAUUUAUUUUUAAAAGUGUCCCCGCUUAUAAUUGGCAAUAGUUAAUUGGCGAUUCAGAUGCUGUGUUUAUAUUUGCGUAGGUGGUCUCCAUGAUUCAAGCAUGUUGAAUGAAACUGCUAGGAUUUUAUUAUUAUUUUGAUAGGUAUAAUUAAAAAUUGGCUUGUUGUGGAA